ACUGAAAACAACUACAGUGUCUGGGAAGUCUCAACGAUUGAGUGCGUGUGAAGGUAAAUUGGGGUGGAUUUGUCGCUUGUCCAGGUACUGGGUAGACAACCGGACGGUAACUUCAGCUCGUCUUGUUGUCCUUCCUCAGGGUUGUAGUGGUAAGUCCUGUCUUGAUUAUUAUCGUGGGGUAUUCUCGCUCAGAACAUCCAAGAUGGAGUCGGCAACAACGACAGCAGAGGAGCUCCGGCGGCAGAUACGGGAGACCGAGCAAACGUUAGAAGACCUGCGGCAGCGGCUGCAUACUCUCGAGGCGUCAGAAAUCACCACUGCGCCUCCUCUCGGGACUCGCGAUGCUGGGGAGGGGUCACACGGAGCAGGUUCCAUCUCGCUUGACCAGUAUACCUCUUCAGAUGAACCCUCUAAACAGCAACCCCCGGAGUGGCCGUGGCCUCUCGCUGAAGAUGAGUACAUGCGAUACGGCCGGCAGCUCAUCCUGCCGUCCGUCGGCAUCCGCGGCCAGCUCCGCCUCAAGGGUUCUUCGGUACUGGUCGUCGGAGCGGGCGGCCUCGGAUGUCCGGCAGCCGCCUACCUCGCCGGUGCCGGCGUCGGCACACUGGGAGUCGUCGACGGCGACACGGUCGAGGCGUCCAAUCUGCACCGGCAGAUCGCCCACAGCACAGCCCGUCUUGGCCAGCACAAGGUCCACAGCCUGGUCGCCUACUGCCGCGACCUGAACCCGCUGGUCACUUACACGCCCUACGCUGAGCACCUCACGCCGCAGAACGCACCAGACAUUGUCUCGCAGUAUGACAUCGUGCUCGACUGCACCGACCAUCCGACCUCGAGAUACCUCAUCUCCGACAUCUGCGUGCUCCUCGGCAAGCCUCUCGUUUCGGCCUCCGCUCUGCGAACAGACGGGCAGCUCAUUGUGCUCAACGACCCUCCCGGUCGUCAGGGAGAUGUGGCCCGAGGCGGGCCUUGCUACCGCUGUGUUUUCCCCAGACCGCCGCCCGCCGACAGCGUCGUGAGCUGCGGGGAGGGCGGGAUCCUCGGCCCCGUCGUCGGCGUGAUGGGUGUCCUCCAGGCUCUCGAGGCCAUCAAGCUCGUAGCUGCCGGCAUCAAUAAGCCCACCACUACCACCCUGGACUCGGACAACAAUAGCAAUACCGCUCGCACCUCGGGUGACUCAAAUUCGGGUCAAGCGGCAGCAGCAGCAGCAGCGUCCCCAGCACCAAGCCUCCUCCUCUUCUCCGCCGGCAGCGGUACCUCCCCGGCAUCCUUCCGCUCGAUACGCAUGCGCGGCCGGCGGAAGGACUGCUUCGCGUGCUCGCCGUCGUCCACUCUCACCCUGGACACCCUGCGCUCCGGAUCGCUCGACUACAUCCAGUUCUGCGGCGUCACGGCCCCAAUUAAGAUCCUGACGCCCGAGGAGCGUGUCUCAGCGCUGGAGUACAGCCGAUUGAGGCCGACGAAGAUGGAAGCGGAUCCGCAACAGCAGCAGCAGCAAGAGCAGGAGCAGGACAAGGACCUAGCAACCACAACUAAGAUCCCGGAGCACAUCCUGCUCGACGUCCGCGAAAGGGAACACUUUGACAUCGCCAGCCUGCCCGGAGCGAUCAACGUCCCUUUCUCCAAGUUCCAGGCCGAGAUGAGGCGCCGUGGUGCGCGGACAAAUACCACCGACGCUGGAGGCGCGGCGACAGAGCAGUCAUUACUACCGGCGUGGCUGCUGCCCCCUCUGUCUGAUCAACAUGUCUUCAGCGGUGCCCCCCCAACAGAGCAUCACUUGCCAGCCUCCGCCGACCUUGGGCAGGACGGCAACAAGCAAAAGCAGCAGCAGCAGCCGGAUAUAUACGUGAUAUGCCGGCUCGGCAACGACUCGCAGGUCGUCGCGCGCCAGCUCCAGGAACUUCUGCUCACCGGUGACGACGUGAAGGAUGCUGAGCAUGCCGCAGCCGCGGGACCGGACAAGCAGAGAAGAAGGAGGAGGUUCAUCGGCGACGUCCAGGGUGGCAUGGCGGCGUGGAAGCGGGACGUAGACGGGCGGAUGCCGUUUACUUGAUUGGGCGUUGUGAACCGGGGCCUGACUCGAGGUUUAUUACUCGGGAGCGUCCAGUCAGCGGGUGCACGACUACUGUACCACCUUGUGGCUGGGCGGUCAUCAUCACGUAGCGGGAUCCAUAUUCAAUUCAAGUUUAGCAAGUGCCAUGGCCCCUGC